AUGAAUCGAGAGGCGGAUAUGUCCGUUUGUGAGGGUGAAACCACUCAUGAUCAAACAGGAACUAUUGAUACAACCCCUCCGAAUUAUGUUUUUAGUCGUGACAGGAGUUAUAGGAGUGUAACGAUGAGCGAUUUUGAGGUGUUCAAGACCGAAAUAAAGGAAAUGUUUCAUUCUCUUUGUACUACACAACAGCAAGAGCUUAAAAACAUUUGCCCUACCCUGCAAAGAAUCGAACAAACAAAUGCUAACAUCGAAAACUUGAUUGCUUUACUGACGUCUCAAAACAUAGAACUAUCUAAUAGGAUUGUGGAUCUUGAAUAUAAAUACAAGGAAAAUUGGGAAUAUAUUACAAAACUAGAAGAUAGAAUUGAAAGUUUGCAGAUGAACUGCCGAAAAUCUAACUUUGAAAUUAAAAACCUACCUAAAAAAAAUAAUGAAACUAAGGAAGACCUAAUCGACAUGGUAUUGAGUUUGUCCACUACUAUUGGUGGAAAUAUAAAUACGUCCGAUAUCAAAGAUAUAUACCGGGUCUAUGGUAGGAAAACGGAUAAAAACGCGACACUUGUAGUGGAAUUAAACUCAACCAUGGUUAAGACUAAUGUGCUAAAACUAUGUAAGGCUUUUAACUCAAAAACAAAGUCAAAAUUAUGUGCUAAGCAUCUAGGGUUCCGUAUACAAGAAGACACACCCAUUUUUGUGUCCGAGCAGCUUACCGCUAAAGGCUCGCGUUUGCAUUUCCUUGCUAGGGAUUUGGCUAAGUCAAAAUCUUAUAAGUACUGCUGGACUGCCUAUGGCAGAGUGUAUGUCAGGAAAUUAGAUAACUCUCCAAUUAUAGCCAUCAAAUCUGAAGCUCAGAUUCAGCGCCUCAUGCAGGCUGAAUGA